CCACCCGGGACCGCUAAGGGUGGAGCGGCAAGAUGGCGGCGCGUGGAGCUGGCGACCCUGUGGACGUGAAGAGUGGAAAGGCCCCGUUUGCUCAGCCCAUAGACCCGGCGCGGGAGAAGUUGACGCCCGCGCAGCUGCAGUUCAUGCGGCAGGUGCAGUUUGCCCAGUGGCAGAAGACGCUGCCGCAGCGGCGGACCCGGAACAUCGUGACCGGCUUAGGCAUCGGGGCCGUGGUGUUAGCCAUUUAUGGUUACACCUUCUACUCGGUGUCCCAGGAGCGUUUCCUUGAUGAAUUGGAAGAUGAGGCCAAAGCCGCCCGAGCCCGGGCUCGAGAGAGGGCGUCCGGAUACUGAACUGGAUUGGACUUCGCGUAUCUUCAAACUGCUGGAGACCCCGUCACAUGGUGGGAUGAUGCCUGGUGACCCCUGCCCCCCAACAGCAUCACUGGCCAACUUACUAACUUUGGACCAUGAUGGAGCCUGAGAGGCCAGAGACGAUACACUUGGCCACUGUCAAAGGAGCGUUGCUCUUUUCCCAUGCAGUGUGUACAAUUACUGGGCCCUUCUUGUUUCCUUGUUUGGAAGGUAUGCAUCCUUGCUUGUCCCAGACUAUCCGACUUUGAGGUCAAUUUUGACCCCCUUAUCUCCCUGGGUCUCAACGGUUGGGGGUUGUGGGAGUGGCAGCGACAGCUCUGGAGCUGUAACCUAAAGUGGGGAAAAUGGGGUCAAGUUUAAGAAUAAUAAAAUGAGUCAUCUCUCCUGAA